AUGCACGAGACAAAACAACAGAAGAGCUUACUCAGCUGUAAACAGCAACAAGUACAAGCUGUAAACAGCAACCGGGACAGAAAGGGGAAAGGGAGGAAGAUCAAGGAAAGGAAAUUAAGACUCGCCACAUGGAAUAUCCAAGGAUGGAGAACCAAGCGAGAAGAAGUGUUGGAGGAAUUCAAGAACAUGAACGUGGAUAUAUUGGUUGUAACCGAGACAAAAAAAAAGGGAAACGGUACAGAAGAGAUCGGAGGCGCACUGCAUAUAUGGAGCGGAAACAAGACGUGGGAACCAGUAAACGAAAGGGUGAUAAGAGUGGAGAUAGCGAUAUACGGUAGGGACGUAAUUAUAAUAGGCGCAUACGGACCAAACGAUGACAGCCCGGUUACAGAGAAAGAAAAGUUUUUGGACACGAUACAGAACGAAAUUGCUAACAUACGGAAAAAAGAACUCAUUAUAGCAGGCGACUUGAAUGGGAGAGAAGGCAGAAAAGAAAAUGAUAGCGCAAUAGGAAGAUUUGGAGAAGAAAUAACCAACGAUAACGGUGAAAGAGUCAUAGAAAUAUGCCAACUAAACGACCUCAAAGUAACAAAUGGGUUCUUCAGACAUAAGGAUAUCCACAGAUACACCUGGACACAAGAAACGAGAGAACUCAAAUCUAUAAUAGAUUACAUUAUCAUACGAAGAAGAUCUACAAUUAAAAUAAGGGACGUCCGAGUACAGCGAGGGGCAGAAUGCGGAAGCGACCACAGAUUAUUACUAGCUAAAAUGGAAUUCCCUUGGAUGAAUAGAAAAACGAACAACAUUGAAGGAACACCGAUAGAAAUACAAAAAAGAAGUCCACUAAAAUACAAUUAUUACAGGAUGAAUCCACACGACAUCUAUACCAAACAAGACUUGACCAGAGACUCAUAG